AGUACCGAUAAAGAACACGUCAAAUAAGCCACGUAUCAAUCUAACCACCGUCUGUAUUUUUGUUUUUUUUUCUUCGUUACUUUGUAUGCAGUAUUUAAUUUAUUUCGUGGUCGAUGAAAAUAGAGAAAGUAGAGAAAAUGAAAUAUCAACUUAAUUACGGUCGUAAUAUUGUGUAAUAAAAUAGUGUUAUCUUUAUUCAUAUGUUAAUGACUUGUUGUCUAGACAGGUAAGCAGAUAAACAGUAUCAUUUUACUAUGACUAAGAAGAUAAUAUGUUUAUUUGAUGUCGAUGGCACACUUACGGAUCCUAGACAGGCAAUUAAACCAUCUGUGGAGAAGUUCCUUUUGGGGACUGUUAAGAAAGAGUUUGACAUAGCUAUAGUUGGAGGAUCAGAUUUAAAUAAGAUUAAAGAACAGUUGGGUGGUAAAAGUAUAUUUGAAAAGUACAAAUAUGUUUUUGCAGAGAAUGGACUUAUUGCUUUUAAAGAGGGUAAACAAUUACCUACAGAUACAAUUCAAAGUAUUAUUGGUGAAGAGGCAUUGCAAGAUUUGAUCAAUUUUUGUCUGAAAUACAUAUCUGAAUUACAUCUACCAUUCAAGCGUGGAACUUUUAUAGAAUUUAGGACAGGAAUGCUUAAUGUAUCACCAGUUGGUCGUAAUUGUACUAAAGAAGAGCGUAUUCAGUUUUAUGAAUACGAUCUUGAGCAUCAAAUACGUCAGAAAUUUAUUCAAGCUAUCAAAAAGGAAUUUCCAGAUCUUGCUUUAACGUACAGUAUUGGAGGUCAAAUAUCUUUUGACAUUUUUCCUAUUGGUUGGGACAAAACAUAUUGUCUAAGACAUAUUCAAGGAUAUGAAGAGAUACAUUUCUUUGGUGACAAAACAGCAGAAGGUGGCAAUGAUUAUGAAAUUUAUGAAAGUGAUUUAACUGUUGGACAUCGUGUAACUUGUCCAGAAGAUACAGUUAAUCAACUCAAUAUUCUUAUAGCAUUUAUUAAAGAAAAAAGAGAACGAGAACAACUGGAGGUUCCUAUGCAAUGUGCAUAAUGCAAUGAAUAUUUAAUGUACUAAAUAAUUUACUUAAAAAAGAAGGUACUUUUAUAUAUUUA